AAAUUCCAAAAGCCAGCGGAGUGUGUGUUUUAAGGAUCCGCUCGCCAAUCGUUAGACGAUUGGUCCCUGAGAAAUUUUGAAAUUUGGGUGCAUUGUAAAAUCACGAACUCACUGCUCUCUGCCACUGUUCCCUUCCAAAUGAGAGGAAGCAUCGGAAGAACGCUCUCUCGGCCCAACCCCAUUGGUUUUUCCAAUGCCACCAGACGGUCUCUAAUCCCCUUCUCCACUUCCUCCUCCUCUCCCACCGGUGGCGGGGGUGGUCGUGGCCGGGGACGCGGCUCUGGUUCCCCUCAGUUUGACUUCGCCUCCCCGGGUAAGCCCGAACCUGACGAGCCCGAGUCCAAGAUCGACCCGCCCCCUCCCGGGACUGGACUCGGGCACGGACAUGGCCGUGGCAGACCCGUCCCUUCCUCCCCUACCCUCCCCAACUUCUCUUCAUUCAUUUCCUCCAUCAAACCCCCACCGGCUGGCCGCGGCCAUUCUGUUCCACCACCGCCAGAUUCAGCGCCCAAGGAACCUAUUUUCUUCAAGAAAGAAGACGGGCCCGCAAACUUGUUGGACGCGGCUAAAAGUUUCACCGACCGAAAUCUCCCUCCGAGCAUACUCCCUGUAUCGACUGGCCGAGGUCGCGGAAAACCCCUGGAGCAACCGAGCCUGGAGGCUCAAUUUGUUGAAGAGAACCGGCAUACCCGAGCCCGGAAAAGCCUUGCCCAAGCCCAGACCCAAACCCAAACCCAAGAUGAACGAGGAAGAGCGCCGAGGAUGACCCGAGAAGAAGCUGUGAAAAACGCGGUGAAGAUUCUAUCACGUGGAGGUGGAGACGGCGACGGUGACAUCGGAGAUAGCAUUGGUGGUGUUAGAGGCGGAGGCAGAGGAGGAUACAGAGGGAGAGGUGCGCCUGGGCGGGGCCGAGGAAGAGGACUUUACAGAGGGAGGGGGAGGGGCAGGGCUGGGGACUCGAAGGAGGAUGCGUAUGGAGCGGGGCUCUAUCUAGGUGACAAUGCCGAUGGGGAGAAGCUGGCCAAGAGGCUUGGCGUUGAGAACAUGAAUCAGUUGGUUGAAGGGUUUGAGGAGAUGAGUGGAGCAGUGCUGCCUUCGCCUUUGGAGGACGCCCUUGUGGACGCCAUGGAUGUUAAUUAUGCGAUUGAGUGCGAGCCAGAGUAUUUGAUGGGCGAGUUUGAUCAAAACCCAGAUAUUGAUGACAAACCACCAAUUCCACUCCGUGAUGCACUUGAGAAGAUGAAGCCGUUCUUGAUGGCAUAUGAGGGCAUUCAGAGUCAAGAAGAGUGGGAGGAAAUCAUGAAAGAGACAAUGGAGAGAGUUCCAUUGUUGAAAGAGAUUGUCGAUUACUAUAGUGGACCGGAUAGGGUAACUGCAAAGCAACAACAAGAAGAGUUAGAAAGGGUUGCAAAAACUGUUCCUAUCAGUGCACCCGAUUCUGUAAAGCGGUUUGCUGACCGUGCAGUUAUUUCUCUUCAGAGCAAUCCCGGCUGGGGAUUUGACAAGAAAUGCCAGUUCAUGGAUAAGCUUGUGGGGGAGGUUUCUCAUCAUUACAAAUAAUCUAUGAAAACUCAUCUUGCCUUGAUAUUGAGCUUCUAGUUGAUUGGCGCCUAACAUACGACAUUCUCAGGAAUGGUAGGCGUGGUUGAUGAUACCUGUUAUGUAGACUAGAUAAACUAUUUGGAUUAUGCUAUAGCUAUAAUUUUUUUAAUUCCAGGAUUUUGCGCCUUAGCUCUUUUACUGUUUAACAGUUGUCUUUCAAGUUCCUUUUGCAAGGAUUACGCCAUUCAUGAAAUAAUUUUGCUUGGCAUUAGGCAUAAUGGCAUCUGAAUGAUGUCCUUAGCGUUUUCAAAUUCAUACUCAAGAAAUUGCUAGAACUUGUUGCACUGCUUCAAUUGUUCCUAUUAAAUUGUAUCAAACCAACUCCAGAAAUGUGGAAA